AGCAGCGCUGGCACCGGCGAGCCAUGGCUGGGAUUUUCUAUUGCGUCCUCUUUUCGUUUCUCUUUGGGAUUUGCGACGCUGUCACUGGUUCCAGGGUGUACCCGGCUAAUGAAGUUACCUUGUUGGACUCCAGGUCUGUUCAGGUAGAACUAGGGUGGAUAGCAAGCCCUUUGGAAGGAGGGUGGGAGGAAGUGAGUAUUAUGGAUGAAAAAAAUACACCGAUCCGAACCUACCAAGUGUGCAACGUGAUGGAACCCAGCCAGAAUAACUGGCUACGAACUGACUGGAUCACCCGAGAAGGGGCUCAGAGAGUGUACAUAGAAAUUAAGUUCACACUGAGGGACUGCAACAGCCUUCCGGGUGUCAUGGGGACUUGCAAGGAGACUUUUAACCUAUACUACUAUGAAUCGGACAACGAUAAAGAGCGUUUCAUCAGAGAGAGCCAGUUUGUCAAGAUUGACACCAUUGCUGCCGAUGAGAGCUUCACCCAAGUGGACAUUGGCGACAGAAUCAUGAAGCUGAACACCGAGAUUCGGGAUGUGGGGCCAUUGAGCAAAAAGGGGUUUUACUUGGCUUUUCAGGAUGUGGGGGCUUGCAUAGCCCUAGUCUCAGUCCGUGUGUUCUAUAAGAAGUGUCCACUCACCGUUCGCAACUUGGCCCAGUUUCCUGACACCAUUACAGGGGCUGAUACAUCUUCCCUGGUGGAAGUUCGAGGCUCCUGUGUCAACAACUCAGAAGAGAAAGAUGUGCCAAAAAUGUACUGUGGGGCAGAUGGUGAAUGGCUGGUACCCAUUGGCAACUGCCUAUGCAAUGCUGGGCAUGAAGAGCGGAAUGGAGAAUGCCAAGGUAAGAAGAGCCAUAUUGUACUUUUCAUUAGGGCUUAGUGCACGUAAUUAAAUCAGAGAUGAGACUAAAUGGAGUCAAGCCAGUAAUUAGCAGCCCCUGUGGGAUGUGGUGGGACAGAGGGGUCUAAUGAGUAAGUGCUAUAGCUCCAGGUGGCAAGGCUAAGACUGACAAAGUAAAUGAAGCUGCCGUAAUCAGCAGAAGGCCAAACACAUUUGCUAGCAGGCACUUAGAUCUGAACCUGCCUGAUGUGCCCUCUGAAAUGUAAAUGAACAAGCUGAAGAAACGGGCUUGAUUGAUCCCCACUUAAAGAGGGCGGACACAUUUCUGAGCCAUGGUUUUCCUGUCUAAAGACUUGGUAAAAUGACAAGGAUGGUAAAUAUCUCUGCUCUUAUCUCUAGGUGUGUGAAUGACUCAAAUGUGAAAUUAGGGUAGGGUUGUUCUAAUUCCCUCCUGCUGAUUAAGAUCAUCAAACUGUGGGAAGAAAGUUUAUUUUUUUUUGCUACCUUAUAGAUGAGUGUGGAUGUGGCCCGACAAAGUAGAGGGACUGAAUGUUCCAACUACAUUCAGUUUCGCUGAGUACUCAUUGAUGAGGUCUCUAAGUGAAAUUAAUCUUGAUGAAAGACCUUUAUUUCCCUUAGGAGGUGAUACAGAGCUAGCAAGAGUCCUUACCUGAGCUUUGGUCAGAAGCAAUAGUAAAUUGUGAUCCAUUUUGGUUGCUUGAGUCUUUGAAGAAAUCUAGGUAUUUUUUAUGAUGUUAAUUACUGUUUGUCAUAUGGCUAGCAUGAUUUUUCUCCUCAUCUAGAGUUCAGUGUAUUCCACACAUUCUUAUUUCCCCCUUUCUGUCAUGAUACCAGGGAUACUGUCAUCUUUUUCUUUAUAGCAACUUUGUAUCUGGGUAAGAGAGGAAUCCAGUCCAUAUUUGUAUGAUGGCUCAUGUCAUGUGUGGAUUAAGGUUUAAAAUAAUCGGUUAUCCCAAGGUUUUGCUUUGCUUGGUAUUUAUGUUUAGUGGCUAUUAAUAUUAGGCUGCUGCCAGCUUUAUUGUUAUUGUCACU